AUUAUUAUUUCAUUUGCAACUAACACACAUCACGCCACUUUCCCAGCCAAUCCUACUCCUAUAUUUCAAUCCAAGUUUUUUGCCUCUCGUUCCAAAAUUCAAACUAAAUCUGCAUCAAGCAACCAAAAAAGGAUUCUGGAAAGCAACAAAGAAGAAGAAAAAGUGUUGAUGGACAGAGAUGUUUCCCACUGUUCAAAUUCAAAAUCUUGUCACCAUUAAAAGGUAAAUAAAGAAAAAAAAUAUACCGUUGCUUCCUUUCCUAACUGUCGUUUUGGCUUUAUUUAUAUUUUUGUUAUUAAUUUAAAAAUCUCAGUUUUGUCCAUCUUCACCAUUUUGCUUUGCUUUAUGCAAGAAAGCUUUGCUGAAUUGUGCAGAAAUUAUUCAAACUUGUGAAACAGAAAUAGUGACCUUUUUUAGCUUUUUUUUAUCCUCUUUUUCUCAACCUUUGUUAUGUGCAAGAAUUUUGAGUGAUUUUCCCGGGUAGUUAGGCUUUCAAAUUCAAAUCUUGAAUUUAUGUAUAUUAUCUGAAUUCUUGAUAGGUGAUCAGUCCAAAUCAUAAAAAAAAAAAGUUGGCAUUUUUGGAAGUGAGAAAUGGAGAGCAUAUCAAACAGUGAUGAGAGCUAUGAUGUGGGAUAUCAGCCUUCACCUUCUUCAGCAGAUCAUUCGCUCGAUUCGUUCGCCUACUGCCGGACUUACUCUGAGGCCUCAGCCUUCUCCGAUGAUCACAGCUGCUCCGAGGCCGCCUCUCCUCUCAGCUGGCAAGGCCUCAAGUCCCCUGCUCGAGCCGCCCUCUCGAGACUAGGCAUGAGGCAGCUCAAGCAUGGCUUGGAUGAUGAGAUCAUGGAUCUAGAGCUGGAGUUGAUGAAGGAGAGAUUUUCAAGGCUGUUGCUGGGAGAGGACAUGUCUGGGAGUGGUAAAGGAGUCUGCACUGCUGUAGCAAUCUCAAAUGCCAUAACCAAUCUUUAUGCUUCUGUUUUUGGUCAGCAGCAGAGAUUGGAGCCACUGCAUCAUGAGAAGAAGCUCAUGUGGAAGAGAGAAAUGAAUUGUCUAUUAUCUGUAUGUGAUUACAUACUAGAAUUCAGCCCCUCAUUGCAGACAUUAAAAGAUGGGACUACUUUAGAGGUGAUGGCAAGCAGGCCAAGAUCAGACAUUCACAUCAAUCUCCCAGCCUUGAAGAAACUCGACGCGUUGCUCCUGGAUGUGCUUGACAGCUUUCAGGAGACUGAGUUUUGGUAUGCUGAGCAGGGGAGCAUGUCGGGGAACUCGACCCGUUCUGGAUCGUUCAGGAAGAUCGUUCAGCCACAGCCACAACGGAACGAGGAGAAAUGGUGGCUGCCCGUUCCCUGUGUCCCCCUCGGUGGCCUCUCCGAGAAAAGCAAGAAACAUCUGAGGCAGAAGCACGACCGUGCCAGCCAGAUUCACAAGGCAGCAAUGGCGAUAAACAGUGGGAUUCUUUCUGAAAUGCAGAUUCCAGAAUCAUACAUGUCUUCCCUGCCAAAGAGUGGAAAAGCAAUUGUGGGGGAUACAAUCUACCGCUACAUGUACAAUGCAGAGAAGUUCUCACCUGAUCAUCUGCUUGAUUCUCUCAACAUAAGCUCCGAGCACGAAGCCCUCGAGCUGGCAGACAAAGUGGAGGCUUCCAUGCACACGUGGCGAAGGAAAAUGUGCGUUGCUCACUCGAAAUCAUCAUGGGACGUGGUUAAAGAUCUUGUGUCCGACAUAGACAGGAACGACAAGAAUCAUGUCUUGGCAGCAAGAUCCGACACGCUCUUGUUCUGCUUGAAGCAGAGAUAUCCCGAGCUUUCACAAACUACACUGGAUACGAGUAAAAUCCAAUACAACAAGGAUGUAGGACAGGCGGUGCUCGAGAGCUAUUCAAGAGUGCUGGAAGGUUUGGCGUUUAACAUCGUUGCUUGGAUCGACGAUGUACUGUUUGUAGAUAAAACAAUGAAAAGUCAGGAGUAGCAGCAGGUGAUGGAAAGUAACAGGAAUUCUUAGUGAAAUUAUUUGUUCUAGUAUAGACAAGAAGAGAAGCCCUUCAUAGACAAUAUUUUUGCUUUUCCUAAUGAAGGGAUCAAAUCAUCAAUGUAAUUAUUUUUGCCUUUGCAGCCCUUCAUAGUCUCUUUUUGCAGUCAUUUUUCAUGUACAAGUGUCAAGGACAAACACUAAUUUGUUGAGUUUCAGUCAUUCUACAA